AUGGUUCCACCACCACCAUUUCGACCUUAUGGGGGUGAUGACUGCCAAAUAUUGAGUGAUUUAUCUCGAUUCGAUCACACUUAUGAAUACAAAUUACCUCGAUUACGAAGUACAAGAAACACGACACCUACAACUUCAGAAUUCACUGAAAUUGAAUCAUCAAGAGCGCAAUCAAGAACAUCAUCAGCCAACUUAACAAUUGAUGGGAUAAUACCAUUUUAUUCAUCACAAGCUGGCAAUAAUGAACUGGGCUCAUACUAUGAACCAUUGCAACUGAAGCAAUUUCCCGAUGAAGAAAGUUUUAUACAACCACAAAGAAUACGACGACAACAUAUUUCAGUUGGAGUACAAGUACCACAGGAUAACCCACAACUAUACCAACAAUUGCUCCCUCAAGUACCACCAAAAGAUAUGCCUACAAGAACCAAAUCUCAACGUGAAUUCCUCCCAUAUCCUCCAUCUAUACCUGAUACUAAUGACAUCCCUCCAUAUAACAAUAACCUACUUCCACCAAUACCCCAACCACUGGAGAAAAUGUAUGCUAAAGUUGUUCAAUUUGAUAAUGGAGAUAAUGAUAGUUUAAUGUCACGACAAAAACAUUUAGAACAUGAUUUAAUCAAGCUGGUGAUGAAUCAACCAUUGAUUUCAUUCAAGACUGACAAAUUAGGAGAUCGAUAUUAUGGAAGGAAAAUCACUAUUACUAUGAACUUGGUCCUAUAUUUGAUUGAAAUUUGUUUUAGUGUUAUUGAAAUUGUUCUUUCAACAGUUUUACUACAACGUGACCACACCAUAACUAUUGAUAUUUAUCGAUACUUUAUCGCUGAUGGUGUUAUUACAAUCAUAGUAGCAUUGCUAUUCACAUUACAAGUUGUCACUUAUGAGAAGCGCAAUGGUAGCUUUUACUGUACUGUAGCAGUCGUGUUCAAAUUAGUUUCAUUCAUAAUGAUUAUUGCAUACAUUUUCCCCAGUGAUCAAGCUCAAACUCAACAAGUAUGGCAAAUUAGAAGAGCGUUAGGUGCAUUUAUUAUCAUUUCUACAUUCCUUUGGCUUUCCAAUUUAAUUAUGUUCUUAACAACGCUUUAUAUAUCAAGAUUGAAUUUACUAGAAGAGUUGAAUUUUGAUUAUGAUCAACGAGGGUUGAAUGAGGAGUUUAAUAAGAGGACAAACGAAAAGAAAUCUCGGGGCGGUGAAGACUUGAAGGAAUUUUAUUUGAAUGAGAAUGGAGAGAUGUACGCUUUACAUGAUGAUGAAGAGAGGGAAAAAUAUAAGAAGAAUAACAAAAUAUUAGUAUACACAUUUUGA